AUGGACCUACAUGAUCAGUGGGAGAACACAGAGACUACCUGGCACAAGGAAAAGAUGGAAUUACUGGACCAGUUUGACAAUGAAAGGAAGGAAUGGGAAAGUCACUGGAAGAUCAUGCAGAAGAAAAUAGAAGAGCUUUGCCAAGAAGUAAAGCUUCGGAGGAAAAUGAACAUGAAAGACCAUGCUAAGACCAUUAAUCUUGAUUGUGAGAAGGUCCUUCAAGACAAAAUGAUAGCCUCUUCUCCAAAUUACCCCAACUCAGGACAGUGUGAAUUUAUAGGGAUGAAUCACAAACUUGGUCUGGAAAAAGAAAAUAAAACACAACAGAGUAUAUUCACUGGAGAAGAUCAAGUGUGUAAAGAACAAAAAGCAACCAAAAAAUCAAAAGUAGAGUUUAUGGAUCCUUUGGCUGCAGACAACCAAAAGGAAUGCAAAGGCCGGCCUGACCCCAGGACCCGUGAGGAAGAAAGCAAGAGCUGCUCUGGCGCCCUUAAUACAGCCCUUGAAGAACUUGCCAAAGUUAGUGAAGAAUUAUGCAGCUUUCAAGAGGAAAUUCAACAGCAGUCUAACCACAGAAGGAUGAAGUCUGGUUCUUCUCUUCAGGCUAUACCAAAUGUUCUUAAUAAGCCUCACGGGGACUACAUGAUCCGCAAUGGCCAGUGUAUGCUUCCAGUUGGUUUAGAAAAAGAAAAACAAACAAAUAGAAAGAAUCUGAACUGUGUGGAUUUGUCACACAGUGAUUCUAGGAAAAACCAUGGAAUUGACACAAUUGACCUGCAAAAGAAUGAAAUUCCACCAGUUCCUCCUCCAAGAAGCACAUCUCGAAAUCUACCAAGCUCCUAUUCUGAAGGUAUCCAAGCCCAUGAAGGACUGAAGGGAAAUUUGGACAGUUCUUGGGUGGCCCAAAAGAGUCAAAGUGAGAAAAACUGUAAUCCUAAUUUCCCUCUGAGGCUGCAUGACAUGUCUAUGUUACAUCCAAAUGAAGAGAAAACUUCUUUUACACCAGAAGCCAAACCAGGUGCCGAGUCUCUGUGUCAUCAAGAUAAGGGACUUAGCAUGUGGUCGUGCAGCAUUGGGGUAGAUGCAAAAAAUAGCCCUUCCACUUUGUGGUAUCAAAGCACCUGUUCUAUCCCCAGUAAGCCAAAAUAUGAAAAGAUGAUCCCAAAUCAUUCUGCUAAGUCCCAUCCCAAUCUUCAUGUCAGCCAUGACUGUAGCCCUUUGGGGACGCAAACCAGUGGCCGUCUUACGAGUUUCAAUUGCAGCUUCGAAAGGAGCACAAGGAAUGAAAAGCUAGCAGCAAAGACUGAUGAAUUUAACAGAACUGUGUUUAGAACAGAUAGAAAUUGUCAUGCCAUACAGCAAAAUCAGAGCCACUUAAAAUCAUCUGAAGACCCUAACUCCUGUGAGACUUUAAUUUCUCAUGUAAGUAACAUAGCCAAAAAUGACAAUGUGGCUCAGAAAACCAGUGUCCAUGUGCCUAUGCCCACAGAAAAUGUGCCUGAUAAUCCUACCCAAAUAUUCACAACAGGAAAAGUCAGACCAGUGCAGGAACACCUAAGUCCAAGCAGUUACCGUAACAUGCUUCAUGAACAUGACUGGAAGCCCAGCAAUUUGUCUGGCCGUCCAAGGUCAGCUGAUCCUAGGUCAAAUUAUGGUGUUGUGGAAAAGCUGCUGAAAACGUAUGAGACAUCAGCAGGUUCAGCCUUGCAGAACUAUAAAUGCUUCCAGAAUAAUCGGACUGAAUGUGACUUUGAUGUCAGUGGUAAGACCACAUUAAGUCAGCAUUUAGAAAUGCUCCAAAUGGAACAAGAGCUUCAGCAAAAAACAGCCAAAUGUGGAGGUCAGCAAUGGAAGAGAGGACUAGAUCGGAAAAAGACAACAGAGGAACCCAUGGAAGUGAAAUGUUCACAUGGAAAAGGCUUUUCCAGACCUGCCCGACCAGCAAAUCGCCGUCCUCCAUCUAGAUGGGCCUCCCGAUCUCCGUCUGCACCCCCAGCUUUACGAAGAACUGCCCACAACUAUACCAUUUCUCUGCGAUCCGAAGCAUCCAUGGUCUAA